AUGCCCCUUCGUGCUAAAAUUCUCCCCGACAAGAUGAAUUCCAUCCCGUCCUCGUUCACUCCGGAUGCCUCCGGUGCUACCCCGAAGCAGGCAGCCCAUAUCCCUUUCCUCAAGCUCAACGAUGGCAACCAAAUUCCCAUGUUUGCCUACGGUCUUGGAACCGCUCGGUAUAAGAGCCAACCGACUGCCGAGCCGGAUGAGGAGAUUGUCAAGUUGACCGCCAUGGCCAUCAAGAAUGGUUACUACCACCUCGAUGGAGCUGAAGUGUACGGCAACGAGGAGGAGCUCGGCCUCGCUAUCAAGAAGGGCGGUGCGCCGCGUGAGCAGUUGUACGUGACGACCAAGCUCCACGGCACCAAGAAGCAGGACGUGCAAAAGGCGUUCGAGCUGUCGCUCUCCAAGCUCCAACUCGACUACGUGGACUUGUACCUUGUGCACGCGCCGUACUUGGCCGAUACGCCCGAGGAGCUCCAGGAGGUCUGGCGGCAGGUGGAGCUCAUCAAGGACUCGGGCAAGGCCCGGUCCAUUGGCGUGUCCAACUUUUUGCAGGAGGACCUUGAGGUCAUUCUCAAGACGGCCCGCAUCCCUCCGGCUAUCAACCAGAUUGAGUAUCACCCGUACCUCCAGCACGGCGAUCUGGUUGACUUCCACCGCAAGAACAACAUCGCCGUUUCAUCCUACGGCCCUCUCAGCGCCGUCACCAAGGCCUCGCCCGGCCCGCUUGACGCCACGUAUGCCGAGCUGGCCAAAAAGUACGGCGUCAGCCCAGCCGAUAUCGCCCUCCGCUGGGUUAUGGACCAAGGCAUCGUUGCCAUCACCACGAGUGCCAAUGAGCAGCGUCUUCAGGGUUACUUGAACAAGUUGCCUAGCUUCAAGCUCACGCCCAAGGAGGUUGAGACGAUUUCGGAGAUUGGAAAGCAGAAGCACUACAGAGGUUUCUGGAACGACAAGUUUGCCAAGGAUGAUCGUCGAUAA